GAUUUAGUGGCUUUAGUCAGUUGCAGACUAGGGAAACUCCCAUUUUUUCGUCUUUAAAAAAUAAGGUUUUAAAAAGAUCAAAGAGACAGUUUUCUUUCACCUCCUUCAAAUCUCUCCAAUGACAUAGUCAACAGUUGGAAGUGAAACACUCCUCUCUUCAGGGUUCACUCUCCCCUCUCCUGUACAGCAUAAUGGAGACAGGAACCCUGCAGAAGUUUCUGGAAGACUUCAGGAUGCAGAAUAAAGCUGUGUUCAUUCUGGGGGCCACAGGAGAAACUGGCCAAGUACUCCUCAGAGAAAUCCUGAAAAGGAACCUGUUUUCUAAGAUCACCCUCAUUGGGCGCAGGAAGAUAGAGUUUGAAGAGGAAGCUUAUAAAAAUGUGCAUCAAGAAGUGGUGGAUUUUGAAAAGCUUGAUGAAUAUGCCUCAUCUUUCCAAGACUAUGAUGUUGGAUUUUGUUGCCUGGGGACUACCAGAAGUAAAGCUGGUGCGGAUGGAUUUGUUCGUGUUGACCGAGAUUAUGUGUUGAAGUCUGCAGAGUUGGCAAAAGCUGGAGGCUGCAAACAUUUCAACUUACUUUCAUCUAAAGGAGCUGACAAGUCAAGCAGUUUUUUGUAUUUGCAAGUUAAGGGUGAAGUAGAAGCCAAAAUUGAAGAGCUGAACUUUGACCGGUACACCAUUUUUAGACCUGCAGUUUUAUUGUGUGACAGAAAAGAAUUCCGCCCAGCUGAGUGGUUGACCAGAAAAUUCCUUGGUUCACUACCAACCUCUUGGGCCAAAGAUCAUUCUGUACCUGUUAUAACCGUUGUCAGAGCAAUGAUUAAUAACCUGGUGACCCCAAGUGACAAGAAGAUGGAGUUGCUGGACAACCAAGCUAUUCAUAAUCUUGGAAAAGCAGAAGACUCUACUCAGCCCUGAUCACAUUGGGGGAAAAAAUGCCUUUUCUCCCUCCCCAAAUGCCUUUGAUCCUCCUAUCAUAACCAUGUUUACAUUAUCAAGACAGUGGAAAUACAGGGCUGUUUAGUUUACUCACCAUUUAAAUAUAAUAUUCAUAAAAUAGGGCAUAUUAUAUAAUGUAAUGUAAUAUAUUUUGAAGCUUCUUGGUGAAAUAGUUUAUAGAACACUGAAUUUAGAGUCCAGAAAACUUGAGUUUAAAUCCUACCCCACACACCAGCUAUGUCCUCCUGAACAAAUCACUUAAAUCUCCUUCAGGUUUAGAUUCCUUAUCUGGAAAAUGAUUGUUAUAAAUAAUGGCACUUACCUAACAGGGUUGUUUUAAGGAUCUAGUGAAAAGCUCUUUGCAAAACUUUCGUAUCAGUUUAUGUGUAUAUAAAUGCAUAUUUGCUAUAUUAUUUAUCCCCCCCAAAAAGUUUAUCUAUUUCAGUUAUUCCAACUUUUUAAGUUGUCAUAUUCCAUGGAUCUGACCCACAUGCUAUACUUGUGGUAUCAGCUAUUAAGGAAGUAUCUAAUAUAUAUAAUAUAUUAAAGCAUUUAAUAUAUUUUAUAUAUAAAAAAUCCAAUAACUAUCUAAUUUAGAUUUUUCCACAAUGAAUUCAGAACACUGUUAAAUAAUUUUACAUUUUUUAUUCAGCAUCUCUGUAGUUAUUUUCUUUUUCUAAUAGCAGUUUAUAUGUGUGGGAAACAUUUAAUUUAUGGAAGAUAGGUUUACUUCUUUAUAGUUUUAUGUAUUGAUUUCUUUAUCCCUUGCAGUGACUCUGUGGUCCUUUAGGGGCCUGCAGUUGAGAAUCUGUAAUCUAAUCAAAACGAAUAGUCUUCUCUUCCUUCCAUUAGAAUUCAAAAUAGUUCUCUUAUUUAUUAGCUCUGGUCCAUUUUUAUUUACUUACUUUUUAAACCCCUAUCUUCUGACAUGGAAUCAAUACUUAGCAUUGGUUCCAAGGCAGAAGACUGGUAGGGGCAAUAGGGGUUAAGUGACUUGCUGAGGAUCACACAGCUAGGAAGUGCCCAAAGUCAGAGUUGAACUCAGGAUCUCCCUGUUUCUUGACCUAGCUCAAAAUCUACUGAGCCACCCAGCUGCCCUCUGAUCCCCUUUUCUAAUGCAUUCUAAGACUUACUUCUCAUAAGCAAAGUACUCCACCAAUUACAACAUUGAUAAAAAAGAUAAGUUUUUUAGCUUUUUUUUUCUUAAAGAAGGUUGCCUGGUUACAGGGACCAAAUUGGUACAGAUUACAGAGGAUAUUCCAUAUUGUAUGUACAUGAUUGUUUACAUGAUUCCUGUGCCUUCGAUAAUUCUUUAUCAUGUUUAAUAAAAAGAUAAUUUCUCUA